AUGUCGAAGAGAUCAGCCGAAGAUCAACAAGACCCUGAGUCCUUGAAAGCAGGACAGCGGCCGGACGUCGGUGCGAAUGGAGAAGCCACACUCGAGUUUGAGGAUGAAUUCGAAGAUGAAUACGAGUCCGAAGACGAGAUUAUGGAGGCUGGGGUAGAUGGCAGACCUGAUGUGGAAAGAGAAGCUGAGCAGUCACAAGAUGCCAUGGACGUGGAUACGAAGGAACAGACAUUUAUUCCAGGACGGUCGAUACUGCAGCCGGGAAUGUCUUUGACUCCCGAUCCGUCCACAUACGAAAUGCUUCAUGUCAUGUCGACGACAUGGCCUUGUUUGUCCUUCGAUGUGGUACGCGACAAUUUGGGCGACCAACGGAAACGAUAUCCUCGAACACUGUAUGCGGUCGCUGGUACGCAGGCCGAGUCCGCAAGAGCCAAAGAGAAUGAGCUGUACAUUUUGCGGCUGAGCAGUCUGUCAAAGAUGGAGCGUGGAAACGAGACAGAUUCCGAAAGCGACAGCGACGACGACAAUGAUGAGGGCUCCUCGGAUCCGGUUCUUGAAUCAAGAUCAAUACCGCUCCCUAGCACAACCAACAGGAUACGAGCCUUUCAACCAACAUCUGGCUCGUCCGAUCCGACGCAAAUCCCCCAGACACUGACGGCCACAACACUCGAGAAUGGCCAGGUGCUCAUCCAUGACGUCUCUCCUUACCUCCACGCUCUUUCAACACCUGGCUACGUGAUGCCACCCAAUGCGUCGAAACCACUCAGCACGUUGCGGAUGCACAAGACGGAAGGCUACGCAUUGGAUUGGGCCCCUGCUUCUCUGCAUCCAAACGGCAGACUUCUGUCCGGUGACAAUGCCGGACAGAUCUUCAGCACGCAGCGGACCGAGGGAGGUGGCUGGGUGACAGACACUAGACCCUUCGUCGGGCAUACGGACGCUGUCGAAGAAUUGCAAUGGUCACCGAACGAGAAGUUCGUUUUCUCCUCUGCAAGCUCCGACGGUACAGUGAAAGUAUGGGAUGUCCGAAGUAAGAGUCGCAAACCAGCGGUGGAUGUGAAGAUCAGCAAUACAGAUGUCAACGUGAUGUCUUGGUCCCGGCAGACGUUCCAUCUGCUGGCUACUGGUGCAGAUGAUGGCCAAUGGGCAGUAUGGGAUUUGCGACAAUGGAAGCCUCAACAGGGAGCGGCACCGGGAUUGCAGGUUAAGCCGAGUCCUGUUGCCGACUUCAACUUCCACAAGAAGCCAAUCACUUCGAUCGAAUGGCAUCCUACAGAUGACAGUGUGGUGGCUGUCGCUUGUGCAGACAACACUUUGACUCUGUGGGAUCUUGCUGUUGAGCUGGAUGAUGAAGAAUAUGGCAAGGAAGCAGGCCUGGGACUGGGUGAAGGGGCUGAAAGAGUACCUCCUCAGUUGUUGUUUAUUCACCAUGUCGAAGAUGGGAAGGAACUGCACUGGCACCCGCAGAUGCCGGGGACAGUGAUGGUCACUGGUGGCAGUGGCCUCAAUGUCUUCAAGACAAUCAGUGUAUAG